AACUGUAUGUGGCGUAAGAGCAGGAAGCCCAACCCUGGCUCUUCCUGUGAUGGAACUGACCUCAACAGGAACUGGGAUGCUGGUUUUGGAAGUAAGCUAUGUCUUCUAUCGGCUUCUUGAACGAUGCUCAACACAUUCUGUUUAAAAUUGCAUAAACUGUCCACAAAAAAGUUUGUCUUACUACAGCCUUUCCCAAACCCGGUCCUGGGGACCCCAAGGGGUGCAAUUUAGUUUUUUGCCCUAGCACUACACAACUGAUUCAAAUUAUCAACUCAUCAUCAAGCUUUGAUUAUUUGAAACAGUUGUGUAGUGUUCGGGCAAAAAAAACUAAAUGUGCACCCCUUGGGGUCCCCAGGAUGCUGCCUUAUUUAAUUGUCAGGAUUAAAUACGUUGUUGUGUUUUUUUGUUGUUGAGAAAAUGAUCUCCUCCCCUAUGGUGACUUACAGUUUCAAAGGAAGUGUGUCAAUGUUGUGGUUGGACUGUCCCUGGCGUGAUGUUGGUUGUAUUCCACUCUGUUUCCCUAGCCGCCGGCUCUAGCAGUAACCCAUGCGAUCAGACUUACCGCGGGCCCAAGGCUCACUCGGAGUCUGAGGUCAAGUCCAUCGUGGACUUUGUCAAGUCUCAUGGCAACCUGAAGGCCUUCAUCGACAUCCACAGCUACUCCCAGAGGAUCAUGUACCCCUAUGGCUACACUGCAACCCCCUGCAAGGACCAGAGAGAACUGGUGAGUCUGGCAGAGACAGUCUUCCUACCUUCCCUUGACCGUUAGCCAUGUCUCAGUCAUUUGUCUUUUGUAUGUGAGGCAAUAAUGCACUUUAUAUCAUCAAACAGGGUACAACUGGUUUUGCUUAAGGCCUUUGACAGGUCAAGUCAAGGUCAAGCUCAGUACACACAAAAAGGAAACGUUUUGCCAUCGAACAUGACCUUAAAUUGUCAAAAGCUGUACAGGUCUCUUGACGUUAUUUUACAUUUCACCCACAGCACGACCUGGCUAGGAAGGCCAUCACUGACCUGGCUACCCUGUAUGGAACCUCCUACAGAUACGGCAGCGUUAUGACCACCAUAUGUAAGUGACGGGCCACUCACUUUCACAAAAAAUACAUGAAAGGCUACUUCUUAGGCUCAAUACAGCCACAACAAGGUCUAAUACAGGAACAACGUAUACAAAUAAUGUGCUUAUCUUCCAUUAGACCGAGCCAGUGGCAUCACUAUUGACUGGUCCUACAACCAAGGCAUCAAAUACUCCUACACCUUCGAGCUGAGAGACACUGGUCUCUAUGGUUUCAUCCUGCCAGCCAAUCAGAUCCUUCCUACAGCCAAGGAGGCUUGGCUGGCUCUGAUGGCCAUCAUGGAGCACACCAAGGACAACACCAACUAG